AUGACUUUUUCCUGUGGAUUUGAUUGUAUUUUCAGUGCAUUUUUAAAGCUGUUUCAAUAUUUAAAACAGUUGUCUUAUCGCUUGCAAACUCUCAGUUUGAGUCCUCUACAAUCACUACUUCGAGCGUAUCCGGACUUAACGUCAAUAUUCCUUCUCUUAAUUAUAUUAUAUAUUUCAUUAUACACACUUGGACGAGCUUUUAGGAAGUUCAAAAUUUUUCUUCGUAUCGUGUUUUUUUUAGCAAUUUUAAUAAGUAUAAUUUACACCUUAUUAAAUGGAGUGAGCGCUGCACAAGCAAAAUUCAAUAAUAUAAAAGCAUAUGUAAGAGAAACAGCAUUUUUAUUGAUAGAUAAAAAACAUGCACGGAAAAAUCGUCGUUAA